GAAGUGUCUUCGGCGCCUACUCAGACAGGUGCGUUAUUCCUCCUGAUGCCCAUAUAUGUAACGCAGCAUUUAUCAUUCCCUUGGGAAUUUGUCGCAUCUCUGUUUUGGAAGCGUUAUCCAAAUCCAUAUGCGAAGCAUGUAUUAUCUGAAGACGUUUUGGAAAGGAAAUUCUUACCGGACGGAAAGUUGUAUACCAAACGGUUAGUAAUUAAGAAAAUAUCAAGAAGAAUUCCAUUUUGGUUGCUGAAAUUUAUUCCAAAUGGUCAGGUUUCAGUUGUUGAAGAGUCAAUCAUUGACAUUAAGGCCAAGCGGAUUGAUGUUGUAUCGAAGAACUUUGGUUCUUAUAAAAAGUAUGUGUCUGUUAAGGAGUACUGUUCCCUAUUUCCGUCACAAGAUGACCGUUCAACAACAACUUUUUCACGCAUACUUUCACUUGAAUCCAAUGUGAAAAGCUUUUUGCGCUCAGCUCUCAUGAAAACAUGCCACUCAUACUACAGUUCUUCUUCUAAUGAUACAUAUUUAGGAUAUAUACAUGUAUGCAAUAUGUACAGAAACACUCUACAUCCUCAGAAGUCAUCUUCACUGACAAACGAUACAACUAAGAGUUCUGUACGGGCUGGCAGUGCAUAUGGAACACGAGAAUUCACGUCUUCUAAGCUACCUCGAAUAGUUAUGGCCGAUUCUGGUUCGCGUGAAUAAACAAAAAAGAAAGCAGAAGAAGAAUAUCUGUACUGAGUUUAGUUUUUUUUCUUCUUUAUAGCUAAAGUUUUCCCUAUAGGAUUUAUUAUUUUCUAUUAUUGUUGUGAAAGUGCCGAAUUAAAGUGCGUUAAUGCAUUUUUGCGUGUGUUUACUCACCAAAAUUUUCUACUAUCCAACUACUACUACUACUACGUGCUAUCCUAGAGAAUUCAACAAUAAACAGAAUAUUAAAGUUUUGUCUUUCAUUUCAAUGUUUGUCCUCUGUUGUUCACCUUUUAUAAAUUUAUUUAAACGAAUGAUAAUCAGUUUUGAUGCUGCUGUCUCUCAGGUUCUCGUAUUUUGUAAACAGUGAGGAUGCUUGUACUAUUUUAUGUUAAUCGUGAUGUACUUCGAAAGACCUAAGUGGAUCAGCAGAUCAGAUUGUAAUUUGUUUUGAAACCCCGUUACCUUCUGGACACAUUUGGUAUUAUCAUUCUUAAAACAGCAACAAUUUUAGUAAUGUAGAUUAUAACGUUGAAUAGAAGUACAAAUAUCAACGUAUUGAAUACUCUUUCUGUGAAGUAAAUAGGAAGUAAAAAUGA